UUUCUCUCCUCUCCUCUCCUCUCCUCUCCUCUCCUCUUCCCCUCCCCUCCUCCAAUCCCUCUAAUCAACCAGAGAUCCCACCCUCAAAAUGGCACCCUCCCCAACAGAAGCAACCAAAUCCCUAAACCAAACCCUCCAAACCAACCUCCCCACCCCCGUCGCCGACGCCCUCCCCCGCCUCCCCGAAUCCAAAGACGAACUCAAAGCAGACACAAAAGCAGCCGCCUCGGGUCUCGCAACCCAACUCCGCUCCCUCGCGGCAGGCGGCUUCGGCGGCGUCUGCGCCGUCGUCGUAGGCCACCCCUUUGACCUCGUAAAGGUCCGUCUCCAGACCGCCGACAAGGGCGUCUACUCCUCCGCCAUUGACGUCGUCCGCAAGAGCGUCGCGCGCGAUGGGUUGAGGAGAGGUCUGUAUGCCGGUGUGAGCGCGCCGCUUGUGGGUGUCACGCCAAUGUUCGCCGUCUCCUUCUGGGCCUACGACGUAGGCAAAACCCUCGUCCGCAGCACCUCCGCCACCCCCGACGCCCCCCUCACCAUAGCCCAAGUCUCCGCCGCAGGCUUCUUCUCCGCCAUCCCCAUGACCGCCAUAACCGCCCCCUUUGAGCGCGUAAAAGUAAUCCUCCAAGUCCAAUCCCAGCGCCUGCAACCAGGCGAAUCUCCCAAAUACAAGGGCGGCACAGACGUCGUCCGCCAACUCUACGCCGAAGGCGGCCUCCGCUCCGUCUUCCGCGGUUCCGUCGCGACCUUGGCCCGCGACGGCCCCGGCAGCGCGGCGUAUUUCGCCGCCUACGAGUAUAUCAAGCGCAGACUUACGCCCAAGGAUCCCGUUACGGGUAAGCCGUCUGGAGAGCUGAGUUUGCUCGCCGUCACGGCUGCCGGCGCGGCGGCGGGCGUGGCGAUGUGGAUCCCUGUGUUCCCUGUCGAUACGGUGAAGUCGAGGCUGCAGACGGCCGAGGGCAAUGUUACCCUCGGCGGGGUGGUGCGCGAGGUGUACGGGCGGGGAGGCGUCAAGGCCUUCUUCCCUGGUUUCGGACCGGCGCUGGCGAGAGCUGUGCCUGCGAACGCGGCUACGUUCCUUGGUGUUGAGUUGGCGCACCAGGCUAUGAACAAGGCUUUCAACUAGAGCGUGAUGGAUAGGAAUUCGGGGGGUAGACGGUGUGUUGGCAUAGUGCGAUGUUGAGGAGAGUAAGGAGGAGAAUGGUGUGUGGUUACAAUACGAAGAGGAGUAUACGGGGCGUUUGUAGAUGGAGGCACUUGUCAUAAUCUCUUACACCAAACAUUCUCGAGAUAUUUUCCCCUUGUGUCAUGCUAAAAAAAGACUAGAAGCAAAUCAUUCAAUUGUUCACUCAUGAGAACACCUGGAUUUCGAUCAC